CUCUUAAUAAUAAAAAAAAAAACGUUUACGUUUCUCUGUCUCUUCUCUCUGUUGGGCCUUUUACCCCACGACUUGUUCACUUCUUCCAUCUCUCCCUCCCUCUACUUAUAAUCCUUCUUCUUCUGAGAAAGAAGAAGACUCUUUUUUUUCAAGUGUCUCUCAGAUUUCUUCUUCUUCUUCUGGUUAUUUGAUUAUCAUUUUUCAUUAAUAUUACUUAUCAAUAUUCUUAUCAUUUUUUCUCUCUCUAAACAUCUAAUCUUAUUGAUAUAUAGAGUAUUGAUUGAUUAGUUCCAUGACCGAAGAAUCAAUCACAUCAACAAGAACGUCAUCUUCUUCUUCGAUCUUCUAUUGACAGUUAGGGUUUUGGUUUCCGCAUCACCAUCUCUUCUACGUAAAUUUAUGCAGCAUUAACUAGCUUAAUUCAGAGUUUUUAAGGACAAUUAAAACAUAGGCUUAUGGAGCCUAAUGGUCAUAGAAAGGCUAACAAAAGGGAUCCUGUUGUUCGCGAGGACAAAGAGGUGGUGAAUAUUUCAAGUAGUUGUGAUGAGCUUCAAUCACUUGAUCCAUGGACAGCAUGGGCGUACAAGCCUCAUACUGUCUCUUUCCUCUUUAUUGGCGCCUGCUUACUUAUCUGGGCAAGUGGAGUUCUUGAUCCGGAGAGUAGUUCAUCACCUGAUAUUGUUUCAUCAGUUAAGAGGGGUGUGUGGGCAAUGAUUGUUGUCUUCCUCACUUAUUGUUUACUUCAAGCACCUUCAACGGUGCUUAUUAGGCCGCAUCCUGCACUUUGGCGAUUAGUUCAUGGAAUGGCAGUUAUUUACCUUGUUGCGCUUACAUUUUUACUUUUCCAGAGACGUGAUGAUGCUAGGCAGUUCAUGAAAUUUCUUCAUCCCGAUCUUGGUGUUGAGCUUCCAGAAAGAUCUUAUGGUACAGAUUGCCGUAUUUAUGUGCCGGAGAAUACUAAUAACAGGUUUAAGAAUGUUUAUGACACAUUGUUUGAUGAAUUUGUUUUGGCUCAUAUAUUUGGAUGGUGGGGUAAAGCUAUUAUGAUCCGUAAUCAGCCUCUUUUGUGGGUCUUGUCCAUCGGGUUUGAGUUUCUGGAGCUCACGUUUCGGCACAUGUUACCUAAUUUUAAUGAGUGCUGGUGGGACAGUAUUAUUCUGGACAUUUUGAUCUGCAAUUGGUUCGGUAUCUGGGGUGGAAUGCGUACGGUCCGGUACUUUGAUGGGAGAACAUACGAGUGGGUUGGUAUAAGUCGCCAGCCAAAUAUUAUCGGUAAAGUAAAGCGAACAUUAGGUCAAUUCACACCAGCUCAAUGGGACAAAGAUGAAUGGCAUCCCUUGCUUGGCCCCUGGCGGUUCAUCCAAGUUCUUUGUCUCUGCAUCAUCUUCUUGACUGUGGAGCUAAAUACCUUUUUUCUUAAGUUUUGCCUCUGGAUUCCUCCUCGAAACCCUGUUAUUAGUUAUAGGUUGAUAUUGUGGUGGCUAAUCGCCAUUCCUACGAUCCGUGAGUACAAUUCGUAUUUACAAGACAGGAAAACAGUGAAAAAGGUCGGAGCAUUCUGCUGGCUUUCCAUCGCUAUUUGCAUAGUUGAACUCCUUAUAUGCAUCAAAUUUGGGGAUGGCUUGUUUCCCCACUCAAUGCCUCCAUGGCUGGUGAUUUUCUGGUCAGGUGCAGGGGUUACACUCACGAUAUUCAUUAUCUUGUGGUCAUGGCAACAUCAACGAACUUUAAUGAGAAAGAGGCUGUGAUUUUCCUUCAUAUUUGUAUUCUUGGUACAUUAAUUUUUUUAAUAACUUUUGUUUUGUUUUGAUGGAUAUCCAUCUAAGUUGUACAUAAACCAUCCAUCACCUUUCCCGAUCUGUAAAUCAGUGGCAGCCCCAGCUUAAGGAAAAGAUUUAGAG